AUGUUUCCGCAGCCGAGAGUAGACACCGGACCGCUAAGCUCUCCUGCGCCUCAUCCAGAGACGAGCAUGGCCCAACGACCGCUACCAGAAGGCUGGAUAGCAGAAUACGACGAGACCUACCAAGCAUACUACUACGUCGAUACGCUCCAGACACCGCCCACGAUCACCUGGUCAGAUCCACGAGAAGAUGGCUCGCUGUACGCCCAACACUCGCCGGCCGGUCGUACUGCUCCCCUGCAACCGGUCACGCUGACGGGCCAUGCGCAAGACCAAGCCAGUGCAGCACCUAACGACGCCCAGCGAGGUUUCUUCAGUACCGCCAUUGCAGGACUCUCACAGCCCCAUCAAGGCUCCAAUCAGACCAUGAGCCAGAUGGCACAGACGCCGGCCUACUCUUCCGUUCCGCCUGCGGGUCAGUCGGGCGGCGGUGCAGCUGCAGAGUACUAUGCCAGCGCGCCCAGUCAACCCUCGCCUUACCCUCAACAAGCGCACUCGUAUCCUCACCAAACUCAGCAGCAAGACAAAGGGCUGGGAUCGAAUGUCCUGCUCGGCGUGGGCGGUGCAGCAGCGGGUGCGAUGCUCAUGAGUAUGAUGGGAAAGAAGAAGCACCAUGGUCAUCAACAUCAUGGCUUCGGUCGUCCAUCUGGUCCGCCACCCCAUCACGGUGGAGGUGGCCUGUUUGGGGGUGGACAGGGCAUGUUCGGUGGCAAUCAAGGCAUGUUCAGCGGUGGCCAGAGCCUCUUCGGCGGCGGCGGCGGUGGCGGCGGCUACAAUCAAGGCGGCUAUGGUCAGCAUCAUCAACAUCAUCAUCAGAGCCAUCAUGGCAGCCACGGAGGUGGUCACCAUGGUCACCAUCAUCACCAAGGUGGCUUCUUCUAG